AUGGACUACGCUUACGCUGCUCUGGAUAAAGGGUAUAUCCCAGAUACUGCGUUACGACCUAUAAUCAGGCAACUGUGCAGGAAGAGAUUGAGGGAGAUUGAUCAUGGGUCAUUCGGAGCAAAUCAUGCAGCCAAAAUGGAAUUCUUUCAGGAUUUACACCAAAGACCCAUUGCUACUCAUACGUCCGAAGCCAACGAACAGCAUUACGAAGUUCCCACCUCAUUCCAUGCAUUAUGUUUAGGACCCAGGAUGAAAUACUCAUCUUGCAUCUGGCCGAAAGGAUGUAAAACAUUGGAAGAAGCUGAAGAUGCAAUGUUAUCUUCUUAUUGUUCCGAUGCAAAACUAGGAAGAGGUUUAAGAGGGGUAGGAAACGAGAAAGAUGGAGGUCAAGUUGGGAAAGAAGGUGAAGGAUUGAAAAUCUUAGAUCUCGGCUGUGGGUGGGGUAGUUUGGGUUUAUUCUUAGCUGAGCACUAUCCUCUUGCUCAAAUCAAAAUGUUGUCAAACUCUCGAACACAAAAGGAAUACAUCGACUCUGUAGCUUCGGAGAAAGGAUACAAAAAUGUCGAAGUCAUUACGGGUGAUGUCAAUGUAUAUGAUUUUGAAGAGAAGGGACAAUUCACACAUAUCAUGUCAAUCGAAAUGUUUGAGCACAUGAAAUCGUAUUCACUUUUACUCAAGAAAGUCUCAACAUGGUUACAACCUGGUGGAAGAUUAUUCAUUCACAUAUUCUGUCAUAGGACUCAACCAUAUCAUUUCGAAUCAGAUGAUGGAUGGAUGGCUCAAACUUUCUUUAGUGGAGGUACCAUGCCUUCAUUUGAUCUGUUCACUUAUUUCCAAGAUGACGUCGUACUCAAGCAUUCAGAAUUCGUCAAUGGCGAGAAUUACGCAAAGACAUUGGAAGCAUGGUUGGUCAACCAAGAUAAGAAUGGUAAAGAAGCUAUGAAGAGAUUGGUCGAUUCAAUGGGUGAAGAUCAAGGUAAGAAAACUUAUUAUAGAUUUAGAGUUUUCUUCAUUGCUUGUGCGGAAUUCUUCGCUUUGGAUGGUGGUGAAACUUGGGGUGUAGGUAAAUACCUUUUUGAGAAGAGAUAA